UUGCCUUUUUAUACUGUUUGACAUACACAAACGCAGCAAGUUAUGGCUUCUUCUUCUUGUGUUCUUCGUCUUGCUGCAAUCCAUCCUUGUGAUUAUCAAUACCAAACCUUUAGAAAACUCAAACCCAUGUUGUCACCAGUCCAUGGAAAUCUCACAAUAUUGUCAUCUCCUAAUCCCCUGCUAUUAAUCACCAGCCAGAAACACAAACUCCAAUUUGUGUCACUAGAAACCCUACAAUACCCUAGUAAUAUUUUCACAUCAAAGAGUAGUAGUACAAUCUGUAUGGCAACUGCGUCAUUAUAUGAGAAAUCAGAAAAUUAUACUCCGAAAAUUCCAGCUACAGAGUUAUGUGUACUAGUAUCUGUGUAUAUCAUCCCAUUCUUAAACCGACUAAAUCUACUUUCCAAAUUCCCAGUUCUAAAAUAUGCAAUCGUACCAUUGUUAGGAUUCUAUCAAUCAAUACCCAUUCUUGGUUCGAUUGCGUUUCUCUCUUUAUUUAUUGGUUUUGUAAGAUACAGGAAUUUUUAUAAGGUUAACUACUCUUUAGAAGCAAUUGUUAUGGAUAGCUUGCUAGUUAUUGCAUCUUUAGCUCGCCCGUUUUUGGUGAAUCCGGGUCCUAUGGCUGGAGGAGGAGCAUUAGGGUUCAAGGUUCAGUUGUUGAAUGUUCUUGAAUUACUCAGUUUCCAGACAUGCAUACAUUCAUGUUUAGAAUACUUGGGGGCUGUCCAGUGGGUUGGAGAAGGUAACGCACUUUCUCACAUAAUGAAGGUGGCACUUACGACCGAAGACGAUGAAGGUCGACAUGUCGGAAGAUCCUUGGUGUUAAAACAUCUAAGACGAAACGACUGUGAUAUGAAUUACGCUGAAACAUGCAACAAAAUUAUACAAUCCUCAUGUCAAAGCUGUUUAAAUUCUUUGCUGAAUCUAUUUAGAAAAGCUAGAGUCGACUACUUGAUUCAUCGGCAUGUAGAUAGGGGUGUAGACGAACAGAUAUAUAUACAAGUCUUUAACCUUUUAUGGUUGCUUGACAUUCUGGUACAUCGGCAAGCGGCCGAGGAGUUUGCAAUUAUGUGGACUAACCAACAGGAGCUGGCAAACCUGCACAAGAAAUUCUAUUCGCCACAUCGCCAUUUCGUUAACUUCAUCACAACAGAAUUACUUGCUGGUAUAAGAGAUGGAAAAAUCCUUCUGGCCAAGGACGUCAGACAGCUGUUAUUACAAACAUGGUUUCAGCCAUUAGUUGAUGAUUACUCUUCCUUAAGAAGCCAUGGAUCAUUUGAUCAGAAAGUGGAGGAAAAUAUUGAGAGGGCAAUAUUAGAACUUACACCAGAAGCUCGACAGACAGAGGACCGCUUCGGGGCAUUACGUAAUCUAAUGAUUGUUUUGGAAAUGCUAGUAAAUGUGGGGCAGCAAACAAUUAUCUUUAUCAUAACAUUACCUCGAACGUUUGCUUCAAAAAAAGAAAAACCUCAAAGUUAUUUAUAGAACACAACCUUUUUUCUCUGCU